GCUACUUAGAGGAAACGAAACAAACACCAGAUGGAAAUGAUGGUCCCGCUGAUGAGCUGGGAGCUGGGAGUACAAAGCUCAGAGGGCUCCCUGUCAGCUGUGGGGCCCCAAGCUAUAAACGAAGCUCACCAGAGAGGGGCACAGCUGACACCUGCGGUCACCCUCCACUCCAGAGAUGAUAAAGAAGAUCAGCUUCACGGUGGCUCUGGGGCUGGCAUCCCUGGGGGCUUUAUCAGGGCAGAAGCUGCUUUGCCAGGAAGAUGGAAAUGUCACAGAGGGAAAGAAACGCUCAGAGGAGGAGAGAGCCACAAAGAAAACAAAUCCCAGGCCUGGACCGUCCCCUGGGCAGCAAAGGCAAGCAGCAAGCAGCAAGUGCAUCCUGACUGGCUUGUGGAGGAACGAGCUGGGUUCCAAGAUGCAGAUACAGGAAGUGAAAGGGGAUGGCACCUUCUCUGGUGAGUAUAAGACGGCCGUGUCGCUCGCUCGGAGACCCAUCCAACCCGCGUCCCUCAAUGGGUCCCAGCACUUCGACGAGGCGGGGCAGCCGACAUUUGGCUUUACUGUCAACUGGAAAAGCUUCUCAGACUCAACCACCGUCUUCACGGGCCAGUGCUUUGUGGACGAGAAUGGGAAGGAAAUUCUGGAAACCAUGUGGCUGCUGCGAGAGAAGGCCAAAGCCCCAAAUGGCUGGGAGGCGACCAGGGUCGGCACAAACGUUUUCAGCCGGAUCAAGGGGCAGAACGUGGAUGAAUCUCUGAGGGGCGAUGGUGCCCGGUGACUCAGCAGCACCGUUACCCCACUCUGCAGCCCCAGGGCUCCUGGUCCCCCCCAUCUGGAAUUGUUCUGGGCUCUCUCGAGAGCAUCUCGCCGGUGUCAGGGCUGUUUGCUGGGCUGCAGAGGCGACGUCUCUGUCUCCAUCUCCGUCUCCCCUCGCUCUCCGGUUACCCCCCACCCCAGAGUCGCUGCCUGUGGCCCCCACGCUGCAGUUAAGUUCCUUUCCCAGUAAAGUUCUAGCGCGGGAGCCAAAUGAGUCUCUGGUGUUUUUGAGUAGCAGCCGUGUUAGUCUGUAUCUGCAAAAAGAACAGAAGUGCUUGUGGCACCUUAGAGACUAACAAAUUCAU